AUAGUCGCAUUCAACAUAGUUGGCUCCAAUUGAGCGUUCAUUGUGCCGCCGACAGCCCGGUCAACUUCUGUGUGCACAUUACCCCCGACCAGCGAAAGCCAACGAUAUGCUGCUCCAAAGCCUGCAGCGCCGCACGGCACUGGGUUUGAGUUCUAGCAGCUCUGCCAGCAACAGUAGGCCGCUGCCUUGCUGUCGCCUUCCACGCGCUGCGAGCUCCGCCGGUGCGACGUCUUUAUCCCCCCGCCGGUCUCGCUCGCCGCGGUCACGCAGCCCGCUUCAGGAGGACGGGGUUGAGCAGUGGGAGCUGGAUGAGGAAUCUGCGGGCAGGGAGUUUGUGAGCUUUCCCACCAACCGCGGAAACGUCGCGCCCACCCGCGCCACGCGCGCCACCCCCCGGCGCUACGUCGGUGCCACCCCCGCCACCGGCCGCGCCACCUCCCCCACCUCUGCCAGCGACCCCUCCACGUCCAGUACCAACAUGCCGCGUGCAGCUAGCGCAGCGCCGCCUCAACAACGCAGCGUGACGCGUGUCCGGCACGCGGCUGGCCCCCACGCGGAGCCCCGGGCCCGGUCCCCCGUCAGCACCACUUCACUCUCAGACUCGGUCCUGCUUCGCUACGAGCGUGACGGGUUCGUCGUCACGCGCAACCUGCUUGCUCCAGAGUCAGUUCUACAGCUGCGCAACGAGUGCGAGGGUGAGGUGAACAUGCGCCGGUUGGACAGCCUUCGCCACCGCGUGCGCGUGCUGUGCCCGAGCGUGGAGGCCAACGAAAUCACGACAGAGGCGGAGGCGCGCGCGGCACUGCAGAAGAACGCGUCAGACCCCCUGGGGUUCCUGCAGUUCUUCAACCUGCACCGCAGCAACGAGACCGUGGCGCGGGUAGCGCUGGGCCAGGAGCUGGCGGCGGUGGCGGCGCAACUGCUGGGCGUGCGCCGCGUGCGUGUAUACCAGGACUCGCUGUUCCUCAAGGAGCCCGGCUUUGCGGAGACCAAUUGGCACAGCGACCUGCGCAUGGCUCCGUUCGAUACCAACCAGCUCGUGACGGCGUGGAUUCCGCUGCGGCCGGUGCGGGGCGCGCGCAGCGCCAAUGGCUCCAAGUCGCCGCCGGACAGCGGCCUCAUGUUCGCCGCGGGCUCGCAUCGCGACUUCGCGCUGCCGUUCUGGCACGACAUGGACGGCCGUGACCUGUCGGACCGCGGGUACGUGAUGAAGGACUGCGGCCCCAUGGAGAUGGGCGACGUGUCCUGGCACCACGGCUGGGUGCUGCACUGCGCUGCGCCGCAGCCGCUGGGCACCCCGCCGCGCCUGGCGCUCAGCGUGGCUUUCUUCGCGGACGGUGCCCGCGUCCUGCCGCGCCGCUCCGACCCCUCGGUGCGCGCCGACCUGCUGCAUGAUGAGGACUUGGAGAGCUACGCCGCCUGGCUUCCGCAGCUGGUGGCAGCCAAGGACGGUGCGGUGGCGCGUCACCGCCUGCUGCCGGUGGUGUGGCCACAGGAGGCCAGCGAGGCCGGCGGCUUCCCGCUGCGCUCGUAGGGGCGCCCCAAGGGGCGGUGUAGGGCAUGCUAGAUGGUAACAGUGGCCCUUGGUUUACAAUUUUGCGGUCUUAUUUCGUGAGACAACGCGCGCCAGCGCACGCAGCCAGCACUGCUUGCGGUGUAAAUGGCGCCGGAGAGAGAGGCGCUUGUACCAUUUUGUCAGAUUGGAACACUUGCGGAGCACACAGUGGUUGAUUUGAUUGGGCGCAUGACGUUACCUGCUUUGACGGACUACGCAUCGCGUUGCCGCGCUGCAUUGCGAGUGCUUUAGGAACACGGGACCGCGGCACGCGAGAGCUGACUAAGCCCAAUGCCCGUUAUCCGAGGACUGUGUAGAGGGUGCACUUAAGCACCGACAGAUACUAAGAACAUGACUACUUGAGGGAGGCCUCCGCGGUUCAGGUCAGAUACAACAUUACUGGUGGCUUAUGUCGCGAAUUUGCCUGGAUGGGGUGACCUAAGUCCAUUGAUGCGUACUGUAGAUAAUUGAGUGCGGAAUCGUGUGCCGACAACAAUAGACAACAGGUAGCUGAUAGCGUCUGUCUACUGGCGAGGGUGGGCUGUAGCUGAUAGACAAGUAGGGUGUGAACACAUCUACCUGUGUGCGCGUGACUUGUGCAAUUCAGGACUUAUUAUGUAUGUUGCAUGGCGAUAGCGCAACUCCGAGGCCAUUUAUGCCAUACUAAGCAAACAAGCACGUUGCCUUGUAGCUCUGCGGCGCAUCCGACCAACGACGUUUAAUCGUGCUCUUUUAAAAUCA